AUGAAACAGUCCAGUCUAAAGCGGUCUAAGAGGGCGAAAGAAAGAAAGACAAAGAGGGAGCGCGGUGAAUCUGCGGCUGCACCACUCGCUCUGCGGUGGCAGGAUACGGCGUCUGAGGAGGCCACCGACCGUGAGACCCUUACUGCCCCAUCGCAACAAUCCGCAGGUCCUCAUCCAGACGACUCGGGACUUAUGAAGCAAAUGAGGGCGGAGCUUCAGCGCCUGAGGACUGAAAACACGUUACUGAAGGAGGAACUGAAAGACCUGGUGCUGAGCCCGGACUCGCUGAGGGGGAAUGACGCUAAAGUAAAGUAUUACACAGGUGUUUCCUACGACAUUCUCAUGACCCUGUACACGUGUGUCGAGGCCAGAAUACCUCAGUCAGCUCUGAGCACACUGACACCAUUUGAGAUGCUGAUAAUGGUCCUGAUGAAGCUGCGACUCGACCUCGGCCAGCAGGACUUGGCGUACAGGUUCAGCGUUUCCACGAGUUGUGUCUCCAAAGUGUUCCUGGACGUGGUGCAUGUCCUGUUCGUCAGACUGAGGGGACUGGUUCUCUGGCCAGACCGAGUGGACCUCCUGAUGUCCAUGCCCAUGGAGUUUAGAAAGGACUUUGGUGUGAAGUCUUCCCCAAGUAAGUCUUUGAAAAACCACUCUCCUGAUGAGGGCUCUCCUGAUGAGGACUCUCCUGAUGGGGACUCUCCUGAUGGGGACUCUCCUGAUGGGGACUCUCCUGAUGAGAACUCUCCUGAUGGGGAAUCUCCUGAUGAGGACUCUCCUGAUGGGACUCUCCUAAUGGGACUCUCCUGA